GAACGUCCCAACCGACGCGAUUACAACCUGACCAUAGAAUUCUGUGAGCCCGACACGUGGCAUUCGUCGUUGAGCCCAGGCUUUCUUUACGAUCCACAUCCUUCACUCAUUUCUCUUAGGAGGAGUAUACUGACACAGCGCUAACAAGUUUUCACGCGAGGAGGGGGUUGCGGGUUCGAACAUUCUGGACUCGUGGUGAGGGAGCGUGAUCUUGAUCUGCGCUUGAGUCUCCUCCUUCUACGGCAGAUGGAGUGGUGGGAUAAGCUAGUCCACCCGAUGCGUAGUGUUUGGAUUAGCAUCGCUACCCGCCUCGGCAUUCGCAAAACAGGAUUGCUGAAAAUACGAAAUGAAGUGAAGGCUUCUGAAUAUCAUGAUAUACAUGUUAUGUGGGAGAUGCUGAAAAGAAACGAGUCAGAGUUGACUGGAUCUCCUGGAAAAAGCAAGAAGAGGCACUAUUUGAAGCUGUUCAGAUGGGCUAGGUGUGCUCCAUGUAUUAUCCGCUCCUGAUGUUCAUGACACGGAGUCUUUCUCUGCCCAGAAUGCACCACCUACAUCGGUGUGGAUUUUGUGUUUAAUAAAGGGUACAGAGGAUUCUAUGUACUGUAGAACAUGAUGUCCUCUGAAUCAAAUAAGUUAUCUGUGAAUAUCAAGCCAAGCUCUCCUGCCAGUUAGUUUCCUUCAUCGUCCACUGUGGUUUAUACCAUAGGAAUGUGGCCCGUCCCCUGCUCUCGUGCUUUGUAGCGUUUGAACCUCUGUGGUAUCUGUAGUCUGUGCUGUGCUUCAUCAUCUUGGAAGGCACGACCAGACGUUCAUGUACUUCUACAGUAUAUAAUAUAAAGUAUUAGCUUUA